AUGAGCCCCCUUUUCCCAACAACCUGCCUCCUCUUUUUCGCCUUGAAUACCACCGUCUCUACGGCCUCCAUUGAUCCCAAGGAUUACCUUGCGGACGGAGCUGAGCGGACGGUCAACAAUGACAACGUUGUUUUCGACGACUACCGGGGGAAGGGUUGCGUGGACGAUAGUGGCUUCGUGUACAGGCUCGGGGAGCGUUUCUUCCCCGGACACUCGAACUGCCCCUGCAUGUGCACAGAGGACGGCCCCGUGUGCGAUCAACCGGAGUGUCCCAAAAUACACCCCAAGUGCACCAAAGUGGAGCAUAACGGCUGCUGUCCCGAGUGCAAGGAGGUCAAAAACUUUUGUGAAUACCGGGGGAUGACUUACAAGAUACUAGAGGAAUUUAAGCCCUCUCCCUGUGAGUGGUGUCGCUGUGAGCCCAAUAAUGAGGUGCACUGUGUGGUGGCGGACUGUGCUGUUCCUGAAUGUGUCAACCCCGUCUACGAGCCUGAGCAGUGCUGCCCCAUCUGUAAACAUGGCCCAAACUGUUUUGCUGGUACGACCAUCAUUCCAGCAGGUAUAGAGGUGAAGGUGGACGGCUGCACUAUCUGCCACUGUCACACAGGGGAUUGGUGGAAGCCUGCACAGUGCCUGCGGCGGGAGUGCCUCAACGGCCAGACUUCACCAUAG